AUUAAAACAUUUUUUUUUCGUUAUUUGCAGCCUUGAAUGCCAAUCGACGUUCAAUCAGUUUUGAUUGGUCAAAACGGAAUCUACGUCCAGCCCCGCCAAUAGCACUGAAACAUAAACCUUCAUUGCCACUAGUCCUAGUUUGUAACAAAACAAAAAAACAUGGCUGGAUUCCCAAAUGCUCAGGGCAGAUUAAAAUCGACAUGACAACACUUCAUCUAAAAUCUUAUUGGACUAAAUGACAUUAGACUAGAAGCGAACCAAAGUUUUAAAUGAAGAGUGACCAUAUGUGCCACUUAACUCAUCGCCCCUUCGAGGAGUCCAUCGCCGUCAAUGGUACAGAAAGAUAACCCCUUCGCAGGUAUAUUUCUUAGUAGGAUUCAGCAAAAUCAGAAACCACGCCGCCAUCUUGGACAGAUUCCUGCGUGCGCGUCCCCGCCUCCUUCAGCGCGCGCCCGCCCGCCCGCAGCGGUGUUGGUGGGGGACAGUGUCCACCAUCAGGGUUCGCCUCCUGCGUAAAACAAGCACCGUUUCUCUGCUUCGCGGAGGGUCGACGCGGAAGGCAACCGGCCACCGAGUCCGGUCGAGUCACCGCAUCGCGACACUACUUGCCCGGCGAUGGCCAGCUCGCCUGCGGGUCACGACGUUCGGCCGGAGUCGGCGGAGGCGAGCCGCCCGGAGCCCGCUUGCCUGGAGGCGCAGAAAUGGAUCGAGGCGGUGACGGGGAAGAGCUUCGGGGACAAGGACUUCCGCAGCGCCUUGGAGAACGGCAUCCUGUUAUGCGAGCUUCUGAGCGCCAUCAGACCGGGCCUGGUCAAGAAGAUCAACAGGCUGCCCACUCCCAUCGCCGGCCUGGACAACCUAUCAGUCUUCCUUCGAGGCUGCGAGGAACUGGGCCUAAAAGGCUCGCAGCUGUUCGACCCGGGUGACCUCCAGGACACCUCCGUCCGAGCCAACCUCAAGGACUCUGAUUGCUGUCGCAAAUUGAAAAAUGUUUUGAACACCGUCUUCUGGCUGGGUAAAGCGGCCAGCGGUUGCGCCUCCUACAGCGGACCCACGCUCCACCUCAAGGAAUUUGAGGGGCUGCUGGCCAAUAUGAAGGAUGGCGAAGAAGGGGCCGACGGCUCGCAGAAGCGUAGCGUUCGAGACAGCGGCUACGACUGCUGGGACUCGGAGCGCAGCGACUCGCUCUCGCCGCCCAGACACACUCGAGACAACUCGCUAGAUAGCCUGGACUCGUUUGGCUCGCGUUCGCAGCACAGUCCUUCUCCCGACGUGGUCAACCGAGGCAACAUGGAAGGACGAGAGGCCGACCCCGACGCGGACGGCGGCAGGAGACCCGACGUGCAAAAGGACGACAUGUCGGCCCGCCGCGCGGCCAGCGGCGAAGCGCGAAACCCCGUCGUCUUCAAUCAGUUCUUGCCCAACCGGAGCAACGCCGGCCUCUACGUCCCCAACGCCAGACGCCGACCUCACGCCGAGGACGGGGAACAGCGCAGCCUCCCUGGUGAACAACAGCCCUGCGAUGACCCCUACGCCGGUUCCCCCGAGUUUCCCCGCGCCCCGGCCGAGCCGGACGCUGGUCUCGCCGAGCGUGAGCAAAGUUUCAAAGAGGAAGAAGAAGACGAGAAGAUGCCGGACGUUCAAAAAGACGACAUGAUGGCGCGCCGAACCGGAAUUUUCCACAACCGGAGCUCGGCUUUGAGUUCUUACAACCGUUUCCUGCCUUCGCCCGCUUCUAAAUCCAAAGUCCAGGUCGCCGACAAGAGCCGUAACGUCAGAACUGAAGAAGGAUUAACGGAUAAUCGCCACCAAAACGAGGUUCUUCCCCAAACGGAGACAACGACUAGCGGGACGGGGUGUCUCCUAAAAUCUAACGCCGCCUUCCGGCGGUUUCUACCGAUGCCGGGUGCGCUUAAAAACCACACCGGAGAAAGUUCCGGAACGGAACGAGCGCCUAAAAUGUCCGAAAAGAGGCUUACGGAAUCGGGCGACGAUCUGCCGCCGAUGAUGAUGAGCCGGCGAGUGGCAUUUGCGCCGGAGGAUGGCCAGAGCGUGAGCAUGGGCGACAUGGCGGAGCAGGAAGAGGCGGAACAGUCGCGUUACGAACGCAUGCAGGAGCAGUACAACCAUUUCCAAGACGAGGACGACCAGUGGCAGAGUGACUUGGCUCGUUGGAAAAGCCGUCGUCGCUGCGCCUCGCAAGAGCUGAUCAAGAAGGAAGAGGAGCGCAAGCGCAUGGAGAUGUUGAACGGCGACAAGAGGAAGAGCAUCAAAACCUACAAGGAGAUCGUGGAGGAAAAGGAGCGUCGAGAGGCGGAGCUUUGCGAGGCGUACGGCAACGCGGCCACGCCGGAGGAGGCGGCGAUGGUUCUGCAGCGCUACGCUCUCCGCUUUACCAUCAGCGAAGCCACCUUGGACUUCUUAAAGCUGCCUCGACUCUCCCCGGACCCCGAGCUGAUCCGUGACACCGGCGAGCCGGAAUCCACCUAUGAAGACGGCCAGCAAAACAAUCCACCAUCUUGCGAAUCCACACCACCUCAAGGCCAAGAACCCCGCUACCUUCCGAGCCAAUCGUCUCCGAGCGAACCGGAGCCGGCGGCCGAAUCGGACCCGGAACCCCGACUUCGACCUCCGAAACCUGAGCGGACGCCGCCCGACCCCGCGAAACCUGCGCCCGCGUCCUCCCGGCCCGUCCCCCUGCUCGCCGCCAAGCCGUACCGCCGACCGCGCGGCUCACACGGAGCCAAGACGGACGGCCUGGUGCGCGUCACCGGCGACGCGGACGCUUCACUGAUCCACUCGCCGUCGGAGAAGGACGCUUCGCCGUCGACGUCUAAACCGGCAGAAUCGCCGCCUCCUCCCCUCGCGGCCUCGACGUCUACGCCGGCGGCCUCGCCGUCGACACUGGCGGAAUCGCAGCCUCCUCCCCCCGCAGCCUCGACGUCUACGCCGGCGGAAUCGCCGCCUCCUCCCCUCGCGGCCUCCACGUCUACGCCGGCGGACGGCUCGCCUCCUCCUCCCCCCUCGGCCUCGUUUUCUUCGUCGUCUUCGUCCUCCACCAUCAGCUCGCUCUUCAGCGGGAGGAACUGCGUCACCAAGACCACCAUCGUCACGGAGCUCACUCAGACGCUGGUGGAAGACCAAAGUCAGGUGAACGGAAGUGUGACGACCGCCGAGGAAAAACAAGCCGAGUCUGUGUCGACGUCCACCUCCGUGAGCAGCGUACAAGAAGGUCGUCCCGGUGUCACAGACGUUCGACAGGAGAGCACCAUAAGCAUUGAGACCCCCGUGUUGAACUUGGCUAAACGUGUUAAUCAUUGGGUCUGGGACCCCAAUGAGGAGCGUAAGCGCGUGGAAAGGUGGCAACGGGAGCAGGAGCGCCUCCUACAGGAGCAGUACCAGAAGGAACAGGAGAAGCUGAAAAAGGAGUGGGAGAAAGCUCAAGCGGAGGUGCAGGAGGAGGAACGCAAGCACAACGAAGAGGAAAGGAAGAUCCUGGAGGAGACCGUCACGCCCCUCAAGCCUCACUCGGGCGGCGCGAUGCCGCCGCCGCCGCCGCCCCCCGGCGACCGAGAAAGCGUCGACCGUCCGGUCGCCUCGCGGCAAAACGGCUACAAAGACACCCCGGGAAACGAAGAGCAGCAUAAACCCCAAUUGCACUUUUUACAAGAUGGCGAGCCGUCCAGCAAGUCCCAAUUGUGGAAGACGGCGUCGUUGGACCGGAACGCUCAGGCCGAUCUGCCGACGCACGGUGUUAAGAGGUGCGGUUCCCACGACGGCUUCGCCGGAACGCAGACCAAGUCUUCGCCGAGCCGAUGCAUAACUGGAAAAAGGCAAUGCUCCGGUUGUUCGCGACCCCUCGGAAAAGGAGCGGCGAUGAUCAUCGAAACGCUCGGGCUCUUCUUCCACGUGCCGUGUUUCAAGUGCGGCGUGUGCGAGGGCGAGCUCGGGUCGGACGUGCGGAUCCGUAAUGGACUCCUGAGCUGUCACCGCUGCUACGUGACCGCUACGGGUGCAGGACAACCCACCACAUUAUGAUGAUGCAAACAUCCUCAUUUGACUUUAAAUGGACCUUAAACAUUCAGUAAUGCAGUGCGUUUGCUAGCAUGACCAGCGUAUUUAUGAUUAAACAAGCACAAUAAAUCAACUGGAGUAAGAAAUAAUAAUAAUACUCUCUUGUGUGUGGAUGACCAAGAAAGCCAAACUGAAAGAAAUAUACCAUAAAUAAAUAAUGAAGUGUGUCAUGAACUCAUUGGCCGCCAUUAACGGCGAUAGACGUCCAAUCCGGUCGGACUGGCAGCGAGACGAUCGUUCCGUGUUAAUGGCAGCCAAUAUGUUAUUAUUUAGUAUUUAUUUUAAUCUUUGAUUUUUGUUUAUUUCAACAUUUACUCAUUCAUAAGUUCUUUAGUAUUUAUUGAAUUUGGAAUGAAUACCAACUGAAAUAAAUGGAUGAAUGUUGAAUUCAAUGUUAAAUAAAAACAUGUAACUACAUGAAUAACAUUGAAAUAAAGUAAAAAUAAAAUACUGAAAUAACAUUUUUAAUGACGCGGUGAAUUAAUGUAGUCAUUUUUUAAAAAAUGAUUUAUUCCAACAUUUAUUUACUUUCAUAUAUAUUUCAAAAAUGUAUAACUCAAAUACAAAAUUAAAUAUGUUGAAAUAUUUACAUAGAAUUCAAAUAAAGGUAUAAAAAUUAAAUGAAUUCAAAUUUAAGUAUGUAAAAGGUGAAAAGAAAUUGACAAAUGAAAAUAAAAGCUGAAAUAUCAAAACAGUGAAAAUAUAUUUUACGGACCCAGUUCAUUAUUUCUGUUAUUCAUUCCAGAACGUUCAGUUUUGAAAUCAACAAAAAUUAAAAUACAUGUUCAGAUAAUGACAUACAUGAAAAUUCUCACAAAUAAAAACGUAAACAAAAACAAUUGAAAAAUAUGUAUUAAUAAAAAAAAAAACAACAACACUAAAAGUAGAAAUGUCCCGUUCCAAUCACGUGAUCGGAAAUAGCGCCCUUUUUCAGAGGAUCGGAAUCGGGUGAAAAGGAUCGGGUUUUUCAUUUUAAAAUGUUUCUCUGCUUCAUACACGUACAGCCUCUCACUCUGUCUCUCCCUCCUGCUGCUUUUCUUGGUCAAGGGUGCACGGGAGUUUGCUUGUUAAAGCUAAUGAUAAGUGACGGGUGCUGCUUUGAAUUUGCCAGAGAAGCUUGGAAGCGCUAUCUUCAAAGACGCCGAAUGCGUCAAUCAUUGUUUAGCUUGUUAGAUGGACACUAGCGUAGUGUGCUACGGCUACUCAUCGUGUAAGAGGCUUUCCCAGCAACGUGAGUGGACUCACUCAAUGAAGCAUUUAAAAAAGACAAGCAUUUUUAUUCUUGUUUGAAAAUCAUUCCGUGGGACAGUAACAUGUUUCAAACUUUUUUGAAACAACACUUUUUCCCGGUAUCUGAUAGAGACCCGGUAUUGGCAGAUUCUCAAAAUCAGGUAAUUCUCACAGCAAAAAUAUGCGAUCAGUAAAUCCCUAAAUGGAAUAUAACAAAUUUAAUGACACAUGUAAUCAUUUCAGUUUGGCAUUCCUGGUCCUCCCAUAUAUAUAUAUAUAUAUAUAUUUUUUUUUUAGGUAGCACCACAACCGUAAUAAUGCCUUACCUCCUCCUGCAUCUUUGUUUUUCCACUUUUGCAUGAUGCUAAGUUAUCGUUUGACAUGCAUUGAAGUUUGUCUUCCCUUGACGCAUGUUGACUAUUUUCCCUUUCAGCUAGGGGUAUGCAAACUAUUCCACAAAGGGCCGCAGUGGGUACGGGUUUCUGUUCCAACCCAUUAAGAGGAAACCUUCUCACCAAUCUAGUGUCUUGCAAGUGCAGUCAAUUGAUCCCAGAAACCUCACUGGGUAAACUGUCUGCACUGGAUCAAUUGGAACAAAGACCAGGACCCGCUACGGCCCUUGAGGAGCGGUUUGCCCACCCCUGCUUUAAGUUGUCGACCAGUGCCUUAAAUGAGUGUGACGGACAGACACGUGGACCUGUAAAUGUGUGACGCGCGUCAACUUCCAUACCAGCGAGCAAAUGAGCUCUUCCUCUUCCCCGGCUUAAACCAAUGACAAGUAGCACCUGAUACUUCCCUCUUUCUUAUUUUUAGCGUCAUUUCGUAACUUUGGGGGUGUCUCCUCCGCUUCUUGUGUUUUCUGUCCGAAGAAUGCGCCGCUCGCCAUCUUUUAUAGCCACUUUGUUUGUCAAUAAAACGCUCUGAAAUGGA